AAUUCAACAUCUCCCAAGCCCAGUCUUCAACAUGGCGAGCAUCAUGUUGGGUCGAACUUCUGCCCGGCUUUUCCGCGGAACCGUCAAGUUGCCCGUUUCUCGGCAGCUUUCCACUGGAUCCGCCAUGAAAGCGCAGUUUGCGAUACAGGACGCGGAGGACUUUAAAUCAAAAGUUUUGGACAGCAAGAAACCAGUGGUCGUUAACUUCCGGGCAAGUUGGUGCGGUCCGUGCAAGAUGUUGACCCCACGCCUAGAGGUGGCCGUGGACGCCCGGGGCGACAAGUUUGACCUGGCCAAGGUGGACAUCGACCAGCAAGCCGACUUGGCCAUGCAGUACGAGGUGGAGGCGGUGCCUUCGGUAAUCAUGUUCCAGAACGGCAAGGAAACGGACCGUUUUAUGGGGCUCAAGGACCAAGACCAAAUAGACACCUUCCUCGACAAGGUCGUCGCAUCAUAGUCAUCUAGUAGGCGGGCACGGUGGUCGCAUUGUUUGUAAAUAAACGAUUCACAUUAA